GGACAUAUCAGACCUCUUCGGUGCUGACUUACCGGUAGAAGGAGGAACCGGCGGACAAUUUUCUUGGAAAGACGGGCCUUUACUUCAAGCUCUUAAGGACGGCAGUUGGAUAUUACUAGAUGAGCUCAACUUAGCGUCCCAGUCAGUACUGGAGGGACUCAAUGCCUGUUUGGACCACAGAGGUGAGAUAUUUAUACCAGAAUUAGGCAAAACCUUUUAUGUUAAACCCGGAACUAGAUUCUUCGGUUGUCAGAAUCCUCUUAAGCAAGGUGGUUCUCGAAGAGGUUUACCACAGUCAUUCUUGAACAGGUUUAUACAGGUAUAUGUGAACUCAUUGACUGAUAAGGACUUACAUUUCAUAUUAAAAAAUCAAUUUAACAAUAUUUCUGCUGAUUUAUUGUUAAAUAUGGUGGAGUUCAAUAGUAGGAUGGUUGAACAACUGGAAAGUCACACUUUUGGACACAAAGGGGCUCCUUGGGAGUGUAAUCUGCGAGAUUUAACUCGCUGGUGCGAAGCUAUUAUCUAUCAGCACAAUAUUAGUGACAUUUAUCAUCCUCAAAACGUAGUGAGUCUGAUUUACAGUGAUCGUAUGCGUACUCUAGCGGACAAAAAUAAAGUGCAGGAAAUAUUUAGUCAAGUGUUCGGUUGUGAGGUCGGCGGGACUGGACCUGUCGCGUACGUUACUAAUGACAGAGUGUAUUUCGGCGACGUUUUUAUCGAACGGAAUCAGGUCCACGUGGAUUCGAACGUGUUGAAACAGGACAAGACUUGUUUAGUGUUGAGAUCGCAGUUAGACGUGUUGAGAAGUUUGGCGUACUGUGUAAAUCUGAACUGGAUGGCCAUAUUGGUUGGCACUACCGGAAGUGGUAAAAGUAGUGUCGUGAAAACACUUGCAAGUUUAAGUGGAAAAACUUUAAAGACUUUGCCAGUGACUUCAGCAAUGGAUACAACCGACAUCUUGGGAGGAUUUGAACAGUGCCCCAACUUCCAACCUCAGUAAUACGCAGUAUGAUAAAUGCAGUUUUUGUUCGUGUGGCAGAGAGGUUAAGCCCAGUUCUACCCCAAGAAAUUCCAGUGAAGUCUAG